GAGCAAAGAACAAACACCGUUGUAAACUAUGUUGACUGUGCUCCAUAGUCCUAUAUUUGUAUACUAUAAAUAAUAGGCAUAUGUCUGAUAUAAUUAUGGGCUCGCUGCUAUGCCUAUUGGGUUGAUUCUGCUGGCUUUAACCAUUGUUUUAUUUCACUAAUGGAAAGGCAAAGACGACUAGCAAGUUUAAGCCCCUUGAAGGGGCCCUUGCUUUGUUACUUUGUAAUUGUAACUGUAACUUUGUUUGAGGCACUAAUGCACUUCUUUUAAUUUUUGGUCUUUGCUGGCAUUUGUAGCAGUCAUCGCCGUAGCCCAUUUUGUUUCUUACGUAGUGUAUGAAUUACCGAUUAUCAUCAGAAUAGUUUGUCUACGAACAGCUACACAUAUCUACUAAAUACUGUUAUUGUUUACUUAAUUAAUUAAGUAACUAAGCCCAUGACAUGUCUUAAAUCUAUAGUAGUUAAGUUGGGGUCAGAAAACAUUAUUUAAAUAAUUUUGUGGAGGUCCUAAUUGGCCAUGGGCCAAGAUACAAAGUCACCAAUCAUCCAGUUCCAGGAUCUAAAAUUUUCCAUUUGCGGGGCAAAGAAAUAUGGGUGAAUAUCCAUCAAAUACGGAAAUACAUGUUUAAAUGUUACAUUCAUGUACCAGUAUUUUCCUGGCCUUUUUAAAUAUUUACUUUAAUAAAGGUAUUUUGAUAAUAAAAUAAUUCAAAAUAAAUUGUUUCCAGGGCUAUGCCAUAAAUUUUUGUCAAUGGAAAAACAAGGCCAUUCAUAGAAUACGGUGAAUCAAAAAUAGCUUUGAGAUUUGCACUGAAACGAUUAGAAAAAAGCAGCCACAGACAUCCACUUUUUUACUGUCUUGAAAUUUCUUAACAUCACAAGUGUCAUAUAUUUAUAUAUAAUACAUUAGGCCUUCUUUGUUUAAUUGUUUGUGAUGCAGGGGAUGGGUGUAAAUGAAUCGAUUUUGUUAGUUUAAAUACAAUAUGCAGACUUAUAACUGUGUUGCAUGAAACCACAGAUCAUAAGUAGUGUAAAAAUGAACAACUUUAGGAGCGUAAUUUAAAGUGUUCUUUAAUAAUUUAAAAAUAAUUAGUAAAUGUAAAAUUCUUUCUUAGCUCGCAGGCCUUUACAAACAAGGUGGUGGGCCGCACAGAAUUGAUUUUGGGUUUUUUGUGAUGCUUAUGUAAUAAAAAAUAUGCAUUUUAUAUCUUAGUAUAAUAUCUAUUAAAUCGAUAACUAUAAUAAUAUUCGAGGAGAUAAAAGACUAUAUGUAUGCUUAACAGUACAGUGCUAGUAAAGUGGCACUAGAUGGGAACAGUGCUGGUAGGGUGCCUUUGAUGUCAAUAUUUUAAUUCUGUACCAAUGAGCUUAUUGUAGAAAAUAUACCAAAAUGUCAAGUGAAGAGGAAGACUACAUGUCAGACACAUUUUUAUUAAAAUGGUAAGAUUUAGCCUCAAAGGUAUGAAGAUAAAGUCAUGACAAGAUUCAAAAUAUUAGUAUUAUCAUAUCAUUCAUAUUGAUAAAAAUAAUGAUACCAUUCCCAUUUGAUUUUCAUUAUGUGUUUACAUUUAUCUACUCGCAUGACUUUAUUAAUUGUGUGUAUCUGUUGAAUAAAAUAUUUAUUGAUGCGAUCAAUUAGAUCAUUUCAAAUACCGUUAAUUUUUUUUUUUUUAUAUAUUUGUAUUUAUUGUCAGUGGUGACACAAGACCUGGACUUGCCCCCAAACAAAUCCAGAAAAAAUAUGAAAAAGAAAAGCUACAUAAAGAAACAGCAAAAAAGAAUGCACCAAUCCCAAAGCGCCAACUUGAGGCUUUGCAUCGUGAGACAGGCCUCAGUUCCACCAUCUCAAGUGAAAGCAAAGGCUAUGCAAUGCUACAGAAGAUGGGUUAUAAACCAGGAAUGGGGAUUGGAAAGUUAGGUAAUUGUUUUAUUAAUACUAUUUAACUAUUUUUAUGGUAGCUUAGUUAGGCUUUACAAAAGAAUAGAAAUUAUAUGUUAUAGAUAUAUACCAAUAAUCAAAUGCGAUUGUUUUUUAAAGGAGCUUUUAAGCUUUAAACUUAAUAAUCCUAAAGUUUGUAUGCGUCAAAUGAUAAUAUUUCAUUGUCCCUCGUCACUUUGCGCUUCAACUUUCACGGCUUCACUCUAUCGCGUUAUUUUUCCUUUUAAUGUUAAAAAAUUUAUUUAGAGGGCUGUGAUCUGGUUUUCUAGGCUCUAACUAUAAAAAUAUUUGAUUUACAAAUAAAGAAUCCUACUUCAUGGAAAUUCACUUAUCUCUGUAGAGUCUGGAACUAAUUAACCGCGAUAAACGAGGGACGACUGUAUUGAUUUUCAUUAUUUUGUCAUCCAAUUUAAUAAAUCUUAAACUAUAAAAAUUGGCUCUGUCUGUCUUUGAUAAUUGUAAAAUUCAAUUUAUCAUCUAAUAAAUGGACAUCAUAAAAAACAAACUUUAAAGUUAGAGUGAGAGGAUAUUCAAUACCCAUGUUUUAUGUUAGGCAUCCUAUCAAUCUUCUUUCAUUGCUGUAUAAUUCAGGGACAGGUAGAACUGAGCCUGUCCCCAUUGAACUCAAAACCGGACGUUCAGGAUUGGGUAGGGAUACAGAAAUGAAGCGUAAAGCAACAGAGAUGAACAACAUGAGAGCGGUGAUGGCAGUCAAGCGGAGAAAAGCAGCGGAGAAAGAUAAAGAAACAUUCAUGGGUAGAAUGAGUGAAAGAUUCAAUGAAAGAAAUGUUUGGAGAGAUCUGAAUACAGCACAGAAGGCAUGUUUACAACUAGACCAAGAACAGGUGAGGAAAUAUCUAUCAAUAGUUUAAUUCACUCAGUUUGAGAAUCUUUUCAUUAUUCAAACUUAUUUUUCUUUUAUCACGAAAUUAAAAACUUUUUAAAAAAAUGUUAAUUCAGAAAAAAGCCACAUUUUGUGCAUGUACACAUAUUCUGGCACUGGUUGUGAUAAAUGUACAACACAUAUACAUAUUCAAGGACCGGUAGUGAUAUAUUUUAUAGAGUAUAAAGAAGAGAUGAAACAGCUCUAACUGGCCUUGUGGUGCAAUUGUAACAUUAUCUUGACAAAGAGGCAUUGCAGCAGCUCUAGUGCCUUAUUUAGGGUGCUGGGUAGCCAAGCGGUCUAAACUGAGGCAAUGCCAAGCUUGUGCACCCUGUCCCCAUCAAAAGCCACGAUGAACCAAAACAACACCAACACCGAUUUAAGAGAAGGCAGGCAAUGAGAUUAUUUCAGAUUGGAGUCUGUAGGCGCUAUGACAUAAGUGCACUGUGAAACACAAGACACGCUGCUGGUCACCCACUGCAUCCUGGUCUAUUUCCAGUCAUCUUGAUGAAGUCUUGCCAUUGGAUCAAAUAGUCAAAGUUGAGAGAGGGAGGUUGAUGAAUUGAGGAACUCUUCCUUACUUUAAACAAAAUACAGCUCAAGUCAAGGCUGCUACGCUGUUGGAGGCCUUGGUCAUCUUUGCACGCGAAGGACAAGCUAAAGUGCCAGAUUAAUUGUUUAUUCUUUUAUACUAAUGUUUAAUUGGUUGUCAUUUAUCACGAGGCUACUGGGGUUUCACAGUUAUUAUUAGUCCAGAAAUUGCGUUUGAGGAGCUCAGAAUGAUUCAUUAUGACAAUUACAUUUUUUUAAAAAUAAUAUAUUAGGAUUUGCUCUCUAUAUUGUUGACAUUUUAUUUCUUACUUGAUCAGGGUAUCAGUGAGCCUGGGGAGCCAUUUUUUUGGCCAGCGGUUAGUUUGCAAACUGAGGAAGAAGAUAAAACAGGUGAGGAGGAAGAUACAGAGAAGGACAAGUUACAAGACUAUAUCAAUGAUGUCAAUGCUAAGCAUCCAGAUGUUGAAGAUGAAAUUGAUAAGGAUGAAGUUAUUGAAUGCCCGACAUACUUAGAGUUCUCUGUAAGUUUUCUUAACCAACAUUUCUGGUAGAAAUCUCAUGAGACAUCAUAUUGCAUUAAAGAUUAUAAUGAAAUGUGUGAAUUAUCUUAUCCAGUAUUGCUCUUUUUGGAGCUAAGUUUAUGACUGUAGUAUCAAGGAAAUAAGGGGCAAUGUCAGGUUAUUAUUGAGUUCAGGGGAAAUGUUAAUGAUGAGAUCCUCAAACUAGAAGGUUAAAAGAAAUUUCUUUUUAUUUUGAUCUGGCUGGUUCAAUUAAGCAAUGCUGUUUCUAUUUUCUCAUUUUCAGGAAUCUGAGAGAUUAGAGAUUGUAACAAGAUAUUUACGAAAUACCUACUUUUACUGUUUAUGGUGUGGUACAAAAUAUGAUGGUUAGUAUUAAUAGUUUAUUUUUUCUAUGUUUGACCCCAGGUGGGCAUAGACAGUCUAUUGUUUAUGCCACACCACGUUGGCUUUCUGUCUUUCAUCUUUAGUGUAUGAGGGUUUUUUUCUCUGGUUUUACCUAUUUCAUUCUAAAAAGCUGAAUGCUGCUUCUUUAUAAGUUCUGAUUGCUGCUUCUCUAUAAGGUCUGAUUGCUGCUUCUCUAUGUGGGCUGAGAUGAUGUCAUUGACAGAAAACUCACAGGGAAGGGGGUGGGGGGGGGGGGGCAUGAUUUCAUUGAUAUUUUUAAAUGACAAUGAGAGAUGUGUAUCAAGGGAUGUACUGGGACACAGUCGGCGCAGGGAAUCUCAUAACACCAUUUUCAUUGACAGAAAACUCACAGGGAAGGGGGUGGGGGGGGGGGGGCAUGAUUUCAUUGAUAUUUUUAAAUGACAAUGAGAGAUGUGUAUCAAGGGAUGUACUGGGACACAGUCGGCGCAGCGAAUCUCAUAACACCAUUAGUCCCAGCCAUAGAAUCUCAUAACACCAUUAGUCUUAGCCAUAGAAUCUCAUGACAUCAUUAGUCCCAACCAUAGAAUCUCAUGACACCAUUAGUCCAAGCCAUAGGGAAUGGGUAAUUUCAUUCAUUUUUUUUUUUUUUAUGAAAUACAAAAAUUAAAGUUGAAAUUUAUCAUAGUUUUAUGAUUUUUUUGAAUAUUUUUUUUAAAAAUCGGAUCCUCGAGAUUGUGUACUGAAUGGGUAACCCUUGUCAUGAGCCCUCUUAUGUUCAGGUGAUCUUUCCUUAGAUUACAACAAUUUUUUUCUGAUCUUACAUUGUUUUUUAAUGUGCCCAAGAAAACACAAAAAUAAUAUAAGAAAUCAAACCAAUACUAAAUUUAAAUCAAAAUAUCAACAGGUCAUUUAUUACUUAAAUAUACUAAGAAAUAUAAUAUGGAAAUAUGCAUCAUUAUUGUCACAUAAAUAUAAGAGUGUAGGACUGAUAAAUCUUCAAAGUAGAUUAAAUGGACACAAACGAUUUGUGUAAAUAAAAUAAUAUAAGUCAGGAUUUAAUAAUGAUCAUACAGAAUACAAAAUAUAGAUGUUUUGGCAAAUGCCUUCAUCAGUACAAAAAACAUUCAUUAAGUAAUAAUUAAAUGUACAUAAUAUAGAUAUAUAUUCAUGUAUAUGACCUAAAAAUGAGAGAAAAGAAUAAGAGUGGGUGCCAGUCCCUGACAAAAACAAAGCUCAGAAGAACAGAAAGGAAGUGAGUGGAAGUAAACAUUAAAAACCAAACUAUCUUUUUAGAGAUAGAGUGCUUACUAAUCUUUUUAGAGAUAGAGUGCUUACUAAUCUUUUUAGAGAUAGAGUGCUUACUAAUCUUUUUAGAGAUAGAGUGCUUACUAAUCUUUUUAGAGAUAGAGUGCUUACUAAUCUUUUUAGAGAUAGAGUGCUUACUAAUCUUUUUAGAGAUAGAGUGCUUUCUAAUCUUGUUAGAGAUAGAGUGCUUACUAAUCUUUUUAGAGAUAGAGUGCUUACUAAUCUUUUUAGAGAUAGAGUGCUUUCUAAUCUUGUUAGAGAUAGAGUGCUUACUAAUCUUUUUAGAGAUAGAGUGCUUUCUAAUCCUGUUAGAGAUAGAGUGCUUACUAAUCUUUUUAGAGAUAGAGUGCUUUCUAAUCUUUUUAGAGAUAGAGUGCUUACUAAUCUUUUUAGAGAUAGAGUGCUUUCUAAUCCUGUUAGAGAUAGAGUGCUUUCUAAUCCUGUCAGAGAUAGAGUGCUUGCUUGCAAAUCCUAUUAGAGAUAGAGUGCCUGCUAGUCCUAUUGGAGAUAGAGUGCUUGCUAAUCCUGUCAGAGACAGAGUGCUUAUUGGUGCUAUUGGAGAUAGAGUGCUUACUAAUCCUGUCAGAGACAAAGUGCUUACUAGUCCUAAUAGAAUAGAGUGCUUACUAAUCCUGUUACAAUUAUUAUAUUGUAUAAUAGUAUAGAUUCCUAACCUAACUGUUAUAGUUUUAAAAUCUAUACCGGUAAUGAGAGAGUAUUAGUUUCUAUAUCAUAAGUUCUAUGUUAUGCUCCAUGAACUCCAUGGAGUAACUUCUCAACAUAUUUGUAUUUGUCAUUUGUUCUAAUCUCUCUAGACAAACAAGAUCUGGAAUCCCAUUGUCCUGGAAACUCUAAUGAAGCCCACGAAUAAUCUCUUUAACAGUGAGCAAUAUUAUAGUUAUAGCCUCUACAUGUUGCCUUAUAAUUAGAGUGAGUUUCUGGAAUAACUUAAAGUUAUAGAUAACAAUAUCUGUUUUCUGAGCCACUCUCCCACAAGAGGCCCUUUGGACUGUGGAUGAGUAGUCCUUACUUAAGUAUAACCAUUUCAAGUUGGUGUUGAGUUGACAGCUGCAACCGACCCCAGGGCGUACAUCAUCCACCAAUUCCAGGUGUACAUGAUCUUCCACAAAUUCCAGGUGUACAACUUUUACCACUUUUAUUUUUGCUACAUAACAAGAUAUAAAUAUAAUGCUAUGCCAUAGAAAGUCUAAUACCUGGUAACUGAGAUGUACUAAUGAUUUCUCACAAGGAAGCUCUGCAUUAUUUUUACAGAUUAUUAUUAUUAUUAUUAUCUCAGCUAAUUCAUGGAUUAAAGCCCUGGUAAAAUUCUUUAUAAUAUGUGAAGGACUGCGUUCACUAUGUUUGAAGUAAAUAAAUAGUGGAACAAGAUAUGCGUAGGUUUGAAAAGAAAAGAUUGGACAAUGAAAUGCACCAGACAUAACAUUCUUGAAUUUUUUCUGAGCAAAUUAAUGACCCUAAACAGUAAAGCUCUCAUUGCAUCAUUUGAAAGGGCACCAGAGAUUUUCUUUUUAGUUGACAUCAUUGAAUUUAGCUGUUCCAAUCGUGAAAUGUGUGUUGAUUCAGUUUUAAAAAUUUCACCAAUAAAAUGUAUCUUGUAACGUAUGAGAAAAAGAAAUGUUUUGAAUUUUAAAAAUCUGGCUAUUACACAGUUCUAAUUUUUUUUUAAAGAGAAUUAUGAUUUAAUGUGUUUUCAUGAUUAAUUACUUUGACCAUGAAUUGCGCACAAGUCAGUUUCAAGAAAUUUCAGUUCAAAUAGUGUCAACUAUAUCAAAAGCCAGCUGGACAGAUACGCCAAAUUUAGUGCAAACUAAAGUUUAUUUGUUGAUGUUCCUCUGUAAAUUCUAAAACUGCAUUGUUUUUUUUUAAAUUUUCUUUCAAUAAAAUCGGUAUUUGUUUUUUUUUAAAAAGAAAUGUUUACUUAUACUUAUAACUUAUUGUUAUACCUUUUUUGUAAUAUUUUGUUAAUGGACAAAAAAAACGGGUUUGAAAUGAAAAAUUGUCAAAAUAUCAUCA